AUGACUCAACCUGACAUUGCUUAUGCUGUGAGUGUUACAAGUCAAUUCAUAUAUUCUCCUCGUGCCCCUUACCUUGAUGCAGCUAUUCAGAUCCUUCGUUACUUAAAAAGGUGUCCAAGCCGUGGUAUUUUGUUUGCCAAUCAUGGUCACUUACGUGUUGAGGCUUGGACAGAUGCUGAUUAUGUAGGAUCCAUUUCAGAUAGGAGGUCAACUUCGGGUUAUUGUACCACUAUUGGUGGUAACUUGGUUAUUCGGCGCAAUAAGAAGCAGGAUGUUGUCUCUCGAUCUAGUACAGAGGCAGAGUAUAGGGCUAUAGUUGAAAACCUUGAUGACAGACUUGUGCCUUCCAGUACAACUUCCAUUCUCACUCUCCUGCGACAACAAGUCUGCCAUUAG